UAAACACAGGGGCACGGUUAGCCUCUCGCUUUAUCUCGAGCGUCAAAGUUAAACUCUCACUUAAGACAAAUAAAAUGAUGAGAAAAGGAGUUCGGGCUAUCUACAAAAGAAAGUAGCGCACGCAGGAUGUCCCUUAGCCAUUCUCAAGGAGGGAACCAAAAUAGACGGCACGGUGUUUAGGAUGGUCUUUUUUCUCCCGUCAAAGGAAAACGGAACGAUCUUCUGGUUUGACCUAUUCACACACACACACACACACACGCACAAAUGUACACGGGUUAGUUGGACUUAUUUAGCUCCCAAAAUUGUUUUAAAUUGGUAACAGGGCAAGUAGGCUAUAUGGGUGAGACAAAGGGCUCUACCCAUCGACGGCUAUUCCGGAGCACCGCAUAGCCCACGAAGAGUGUUGAGAACGACCCGCGCUCUGGACAAUAUUUUGUUUCACAUAUCCAGGGAACAAAUAUGGUGCGUCUUUAAUUUAUUUUCCGACUCGUUGGACAUACAGAGAACUGCGUGACAGUUGCAGGUGACACGGAUAAAUGUAUUUAGAUUUUGGGAUGAAUAAGUGGCGCGCGCAUCUCUCGCACGAGCGCAGGUGGACCAAAUGAAGAAACGCUGUGGUAAACGAAAAGAAAACGCGCAAAACCCAGCGAUAUAUUCAGCAGGAUUUUUGUAAGCCACUUAGGUUGUUUUGUGGGGUUUUCUUCUUCUCGCGUUUGUCCAUUUCCAACUAUAAAUAGGCAUGCGUGGAAUGCAGCUACUAUUUUGAGGGGCAGUGCAUUAAUGGGAGGAUUUUUCUCUGGACUACUACAGUUUACACAUCACUUUCACUUGAAAACCCAUUGUCGCGUGGAUAUUCAUCGUAUUAUCGAGUGGAAGAAUGCCUGAGGAUUUCUUUGCGGCCAAAGCCCUAUACAUGGGCAUGGAGGUGGUGAUAGCCGUGUCAUCCGUGAUAGGAAACGUGAUGGUGGUUUGGGCGGUAAAAAUUAAUAGAUCUCUGAGAGAUACUACGUUUUGCUUCAUUGUUUCUCUGGCGCUCGCGGACAUUGCUGUAGGAGCGCUGGUCAUACCACUGGCGAUAACUAUAAGUAUCGGACUCCAGACUCACUUCUACAGCUGUCUGCUGGUGGCGUGCACGGUGCUGGUUUUGACCCAAAGUUCUAUCCUCGCCUUGCUCGCUAUAGCCAUCGACCGAUACCUGAGGGUCAAGAUCCCAACCAGUUAUAAGCGAGUGGUCACUCCCAAACGAGCUGGAAUUGCAGUAUUCGUCUGUUGGACAGUGGCCUUCAUAGUCGGCCUCACUCCCAUGCUGGGCUGGAACAAUUUACAAAACCUACAACACAAUAACAGCUCAAUCGGCCCUGACCUCAUCGUCACCUGCCAGUUUGAGAAUGUCAUCAGCAUGGAGUACAUGGUCUACUUCAACUUCUUUGGCUGGGUGCUUCCCCCUCUGCUUUUCAUGCUCAUCAUUUACUCUGAAAUCUUCUACAUGAUCCACAAGCAGCUGAAUAAGAAGGUAUCCAGCCAUUCUGAACCAAACAAGUAUUACGACAAAGAGCUCAAGCUGGCAAAGUCUCUGGCGCUAGUCCUUUUCUUGUUCGCUGUUAGCUGGCUUCCUCUCCACAUUAUGAAUUGCAUCACACUCUUCUGUCCAAGGUAUGAGAAGCCCAUGUUCCUCAUUUAUAUUGCCAUCCUGCUCACGCAUGGCAAUUCUGCCGUCAACCCAAUCGUUUAUGCUUUCCGAAUCAAGAAAUUUCGUACUACAUUCCAAAGGAUCUGGAAGCAGUACUUCUGCUGCAAGGAGGCUCCUCCUCCUGAGAACCAGAUGAGCGAGAGACUGGAUAACAACCACUACAUCGCUGCCGCAGCUGCAGUCGUGACCCCUCCUGAACCUGUUUUGGAAUAAAAACAUCUGACUGACAUCCUAGGAUUCUCUAAGGAGGUCGAAUGACUUCUGCUGUCUGGACGUCCAAAGCUGUCAUGUCUUGGUUUGUCUCUUUUGAAUGUAAAUCAGAGUAAAUCAGAGCUCACCACAGCCUCUUCUGGCUGAAUUAUCCCUUUAUUGGAAUAAUGAGACAGCAUCUUCUUAAAAAGCACCAAAUGAGUCAAAUCAUUUGGAAGAGGAAGCGGAACCACAGAAAAUGUUGCUUUAUGAAGCAGCAUUGAAUGAUGGUUUUAAAAUGAACUAGUUUUGACAGUACAUAUAAAUGAUAAAAACAUGAGUAUUUGCUCAAAUAAUGAAUCAAAAGAAUUGCACACCAUUUUCUUUUGCGCAGUUAUAAUAUAUAUAUUACUACUAGUUCAGUAUGAAUGUAUGCAGAACAGAUACCAGAGCACUGUACAUGCUCAGCUUCUUGGAUAUUCUGCUUGUGUUCUGAAACUUUAUGCACAAUGGCAGAAAGAGGAUGCCAGAAACAGUGAAAAGGAGGUGGACACAGGUUUUCCUUGUCCUAUUAUGGAGUGUUUUCAGUGCAGGUCUGUUAUUGUGAAGGACAAAAAACAUUUACUGCAGGCAGCUGACAUUGAAUUUUACUCACACAUGCAGUGAGGUUAUCUUGCCUUUUAGCAAAAUUGUGUGUGUCUAUGUAUGUGUAUGAUUGAAUGCAUGUCAUAACAAACAUGGGAUUGUUUGAGGAUAAGAAGAUACACUGAAGUCCUAUUUGUCCACUGUUUGAACAUAUUCAGGGUUAAUGAAUUAUCAAAACCAAUAGUGUAUUACCUUUCAGUAUUAGCAGAAUUUAGCUACACUUUUUCCUGAAUCAUAAUUAUCAGUUUUAAAAAAAAAUGUACGCUACACUACUGGGAAAACAUACUGAACUAUCUUUUGACUUGUCUUAAAGGGAUAGAGCACCCAAAAACAAAAACUGUCAUUAUUUAUGCACCCUCCUGUUGUUCCAAAUCCAUUUGGC